ACAAGCCGCAGAUCUUUAACUCGGUGCAGCUUUUUUUUCUUUGAAUAUUAUCUAAAUAAAUGAAUUAAGAAUAAAUUACAGUCGAUGUAGCAGCUGGGUCCGUAGGCAGAGACGGACUCUCUGCUUCGUGCCGUAUUUAGAGCUUCAGCUUUCAUUUAGCGACACUUUCCGUCAGCGGGUCCUCCGAUGACUUCCUCCCGGGUGAAAGCUUCAGUCCACCGGGUUAAAGAGCCCCGGCACCCACCCCCCAGACCCAGACCCAGAUCCAGAUCCAGCAGGGUGCUAGCUGAUCGGAACCCGGCGGUGGCGGCGGUGGGAGCCUGGGUGGAGGAAGGAGCAGACUUCCUGCAGCACCCGACCGUCAUGGCGUUGGAAACUGAGAAGCUCCUGGAAGAGAAGAGAAGAGAAAACGAAGAAAGUCUUCAGCGGUUUCAGAAUGGCGUGCGUCACCGUUUGGCACAACGAGCCCGAGUCUGCAGUGAGACCCAGCCUCUUCUGAGAGAUCGAGCGGCAACUCCAGACAGGCGAACUCCGCAGUCGCGGUUUGAGGUGUGGACACACUCCGAGUCUGCUGCUGAGGCGCUGACGUCUGCUGCACAUCCGAGGAUGAAGGAGAGGAACCCUCAGGAGUCCGCUGCAGGCAUGAGGCAGGUCCGACUCAGACUGGCGGCCCGUCGAGUGAUGCCGCACGAGGACGCGGCGUCAAACCUUCCUGGAGGAGAGUGGCGCGUCACUCCCACCCAGCAUAAAACUGAGGAGGAAGAUGAUGAUGAUGGUGAUGAUGAUGUUCUCUUCAGUCCACAUGUCUGUCCUCUUGUUCAGCAGAAGGCAAGUGGAUACUCAGUGUGGGAAACUGAAACAUCACAGCCUGCUGGGGGUUUGAGGUCCGGCCCUGCUGUCCCCCCGGUCCUGUGGCCACUGACUGGCCAAGAGGAGCUGAAGAGACAGCGCCAGGCUCAGUUCCUGAAGCACCGCCGGCUGGUCAUGACCUCCGAGAGGGAGCAAGUGAAGGAAAACAAGCAGCAGAGGAAACACCUGCAGCGAACGGCAAGGAUCAAAGCAGAGAAGGAGCGGGACCGGCUGGCGGAGGAGCGGCGUCUGGAAGCAGCUCGGCUGCUGGACGAGGCCCGACAGCGGCUGCAGGAGAGAGAGCUGCUGGUUCUGGAGCGCCUGAGGCUGGAGGAGGAGGAGCGAGCGCAGGAGCUGCAGAGGAGGAAGAGACAGGAGAAAGGAAAAGUCGCUACAAGGUUUGUGGAGGCUCUGAGGGCUCGGAUGAAGGAGCGGCUGUCUCACAGCGGGCUGGAGCUGCCUCCUCUCUGCUGCUGCGCCUCCUCUUUCUGGGACUCCCACCCCGACACCUGCGCCAACAACUGUGUCUUCCACAACAAUCCCAGAGCGUACGCCCAGGCGCUGCAUUCAACGCUGGUGAGUUUGGAAUUACAGUGAAGGAAACGGACGAGCCGCGGCGGAGACUGCUGGAUGGAAAACAAACUGUUUAUUCCCAGCAUCUCUCAAGCCCUGAUUCAAAUGAAAUUUCUCCUCUACUGCACACAAAAGUAGACAAUUUUAAUAAAAUACUUUUUUCUGGCACCACUCUUCCAUCAUCAGGAUUUUUUGUUUGUAUUUUAAAUUGAUUUUUUUUCCUAUGAUUGUAUGUAUUGUAUUGUAUGAUGAUUUUAAAAUCAAAUUUCAUUUCUUUGAAUAAAUGUGAAUGCUGGAGGUUUUGAUUUUACUUGGGGUCUAUCUGUCAAUACACUCUUUUUAGUAUUUCUGUUCGUCAGCUGAUCAGUUUGCUAUGAUAUUGUUUAAACUUUAACUGAAGGUUUGAAGGUUGAUUUUGGUUCCUCAAGAGAAAAUUGAAAAUCUAAGCUGAGCCAUAGCUCUUGAC